UCCGCAAUGGAGAAGAGGGAAGGUGGUAAUCAUGCCAUUGAUCAGAAUGCAGGUCAGAACAUCAUGCCAAGAAGAAAUACAGGAAACCUCAGCAACUUGAAUGUGGAUAUGCAAGUCAUCAAUCCACCAGAAACAGCAGCACUUUUUAGUUUACAUCAAGCACACCAUUUUGGUGAAUUUGAAUACUCCUCAGAACAGCACUGCAAGCAGGAUCUGUUCCCCAAGUGGCACUUGCCAAUGAAGAUAGCAUCUGUGAUCUCAUUAUUAAUGUUUAUUUACACUUCUAUGAGAGAUGUCAUAUAUCCUUUUGUAACCAGAAAGGAGAAAGUUUUCUAUAAAAUCCCAAUCCUUGUCAUAAACAAAGUUUUACCAGUGGUUUCAAUUACCCUGUUAGCACUAGUAUAUUUACCAGGAAUAUUAGCUGCUGGUUUCCAGCUGUAUUUUGGCACCAAGUAUAAAAGGUUUCCCCAGUGGCUGGAUAGAUGGAUGAUAUCAAGGAAACAAUUUGGACUUCUCAGUUUCUUCUUCGCUGCAAUGCACGCCUGCUAUAGCCUGUGCUAUCCAAUGAGAAGAUCAUACAGAUACAAGCUGCUGAACUGGGCAUUCCAGCAGGUCAAAGAAAGAAAAGAAAAUGCCUGGAUUGAGCACGAUGUUUGGAGAAUGGAGAUUUACGUGUCUCUAGGAAUUCUGGGACUUGCUUUGCUGGCUUUGUUGGCAAUAACAUCAAUUCCAUCUGUCAGUCACUCUUUGACCUGGAGAGAGUUCCACUACAUUCAGGUGCUCAUAAAAGUCAUUACUGAACGUCAUUAG